GUCUAACCUCUACAGUCUACUAUUGUCUCAAGUUUGUCCGUACGGAUUCCCAUUUCUACUAUAAUCGAGCUAAGGAGCGACCAAUAUCUGUUCGUUGAAUCGGAGCUAUGGCGGAGAAAUCAUUCAAGUAUGUGAUUCUCGGUGGCGGCGUUGCUGCCGGUUAUGCUGCUAGGGAAUUUUCCAAACAGGGAGUUAAGCCUGGUGAACUAGCACUUAUUUCCAAAGAGGCAGUGGCUCCAUACGAACGCCCAGCUCUUAGCAAAGGGUAUCUCUUUCCUGAAGGUGCUGCAAGACUCCCAGGCUUUCAUGUAUGUGUUGGGAGUGGAGGGGAGAGACUACUCCCUGAGUGGUACACAGAGAAAGGGAUUUCAUUGAUCCUUGGUACAGAAAUUGUGAAAGCAGAUCUUGCUUCAAAGACACUUACUAGUGCUGCUGGAGAAUCAUUUAAAUAUGAAGUGUUGAUUAUUGCAACUGGUUCCACAGUUCUAAGGUUGUCGGACUUUGGUGUACAAGGUGCUGACUCCAAAAACAUCUUCUACUUGAGAGAAAUUGAUGAAGCAGAUAAGCUUGUUGAAGCAAUAAAGGCAAAGAAAAAUGGAAAAGCUGUUGUUGUUGGGGGAGGGUACAUUGGACUUGAACUCAGUGCUGUGCUCAGGAUGAACAACAUUGAUGUUACUAUGGUAUUCCCAGAACCAUGGUGCAUGCCUAGGCUUUUCACAGCUAGCAUAGCAGCUUUCUAUGAAGGAUACUAUGAAAACAAGGGAGUCAAAAUCAUCAAAGGUACUGUAGCAGUUGGGUUUGACACCCAUCCUAAUGGGGAGGUAAAGGAAGUUAAACUGAAGGAUGGUAGGUCAUUGGAAGCUGACAUUGUAGUUGUAGGUGUUGGUGCAAAGCCUCUUACAAUAUUAUUUAAAGGGCAAGUUGAGGAGGAGAAAGGGGGAAUUAAGACUGAUGCUUUCUUUAAGACCAGUGUUCCUGAUGUAUAUGCUGUUGGUGAUGUAGUCACUUUCCCUUUGAAGCUAUACAAUGAGCAGAGACGAGUUGAACAUGUUGAUCAUGCUCGCAAAUCUGCUGAACAGGCUGUAAAGGCCAUUUUUGCAAGUGAAAAGGGGGCAUCCAUUGAUGAGUAUGACUACCUUCCAUACUUCUAUUCUCGUGCCUUUGAUUUGUCUUGGCAGUUCUAUGGCGACAACGUAGGUGAAACAGUGUUAUUUGGAGAUAAUGACCCAAAAUCUCCAAAUCACAAGUUUGGACAAUAUUGGAUCCAAAAUGGCAAGGUUGUGGGUGCAUUCUUGGAGAGCGGGACUCCGGAAGAGAACAAGGCUAUUGCAAAAGUUGCUAGAGCUCAGCCUCCUGCUCUUAGCUUGGACGAAAUGGCAAACCAGGGUCUCUCCUUUGCCUCUAAGAUCUGAAGCCUUCUGUUUCUUUCUACCCAUUGUUUUCCCUAUGUUGCUUGAAUUGAUAGAAUACAUAUAAAUAAACUUGAUGGUUUCAAGAUAUCUGCUUUUUAAUGAUUGGAUUUCAAUGAAUUACAAGUUAUUGAA